CUGGCAAUUAUUAUUUUUAAUAAAAAUUCCUUAAAUGUCUUUAACGGAAAAGAAUUCUUAUUGGACACGGGUUGUAGAGGAUAUUGAAAGAAAGGCACAUCAGCAAAGUAAGAAGGAAGCCAUCAGAAAAUAUGAUUUUUCUGUGACACUGCCAAAAAAUUUGCGUCAAAGAGUGGCCAAAAUUUUGCCCUACGAAUAUGAUGAAUAUGACAAGCAUGUGUUUAUAACCGAAUCGGAGAUGGAGACACCGAUUUCAUUUGGUGGAGAAGAUGAUGAAGAGGAGGAGGAAGGCAAAUAUAAGAAGGAAAAUAAGUCCGAUGUUUUUAAUGAAAGUACGUGCUCGGAAAUUGAACGUUUGGAACAUGAUCAUCCAAAAUUUGUUUUGAACAUGGACAAACCUUUAGAGCAUAAAUCUAAAACUAAAAAGAAACGCAACUGGUAUUCUUCCUACAUAUGUAAACAGCGCAAGGAACGUGUUAGAUGGGAUUCUAAAAUCUAUGAUUUGGAACGUAGCAUAUGGGAAAAGACACUGGACGAACAGGCAGAACAACUAAUGGAUGCUUCAGCGGAACGCUUUACCGAAUGGAUAAAUUCCUUGGGUAGCAAUAGAGACUCGGAUAUUUCCAAGGAAAAACUAAAAGCUUUAUUUUCAAUAGAAGGAGACCGCAAGCUUUUAGCUUCUAUACUAACUGAGCCCAAAGAAGUUAAAGCUAUUGCUAAAACCGUAGCAGACAAAUGGAAUUUACCAGAGAUGGCCAUCGAAUUGAAAUAUGAAAACUACAUACGUGACCGUUUGAAAAAUGUGCCCAAGAAAAUCAACACUGUGGCUUUUGGACGCACUAUACCGGUAAAAGACAGACCCUGGUUGCCAACCGAUAGUGAUGAACCCAUUGCCACUGUCUAUCCAGAUGAAUUGCUAUCAUUGGAAAAACUAUUUAAGGGCAUAACACAUUUACGUUCCACUAAGGAAUUGGCUGAAUUUUACAAGAAACGUCCUAGUUUGGAAAAACCACGCUACUUGGUAUCUGCUGGCUUGUUUAAGCGCAAAACUAAAACGCAUGCAGUCAUGGAAGUUCCCUUGUAUGAACGUUUGAAGUUGAAGUACUAAACGAAAACUGAUUUGAUUGAAUAAUAAAUAAUAGAAGUAUGGUUUUGGUUUUUAUUAAAAUAAAGAUAA